UAUAAAUACGGCUCAGAUCUGGGUAGAGCUUUCCAUCGUCGUCCGCCCCGGUCUAAUCCGAUUCAAACGCACCGCUUCCUCGUGUCCGAACUAAGCCCCAAUCCCUCCCCCAGCACCGGCCCCUCCCCAGGUAGGUGCUCGACGCGAUGGCGCAGAAGGAGGCCAAUGGCAACGGCGCCACCACGCGCCCGCCGCCCACGCCCUCGCCGCUCCGCUUCUCCAAGUUCUUCCAGGCCAACAUGCGGAUCCUCGUCACCGGCGGAGCUGGAUUCAUCGGCUCCCACCUCGUCGACAAGCUCAUGGAGAACGAGAAGAACGAGGUCAUUGUUGCUGACAACUUCUUCACUGGUUCAAAAGACAACCUCAAGAAGUGGAUCGGUCACCCCAGAUUUGAGCUCAUCCGUCACGACGUCACCGAACCACUGCUUGUGGAGGUUGACCAAGUCUAUCACCUUGCUUGCCCUGCCUCACCAAUCUUCUACAAGCACAACCCUGUCAAGACUAUCAAGACAAAUGUUAUUGGAACCUUGAACAUGCUUGGACUUGCAAAGAGAGUUGGUGCUAGAAUAUUGUUGACUUCCACCUCUGAAGUUUAUGGUGAUCCUCUUGAGCACCCCCAGACCGAGGCCUACUGGGGCAAUGUUAACCCUAUUGGAGUCAGGAGCUGCUACGAUGAGGGCAAGCGUGUUGCCGAGACGCUUAUGUUUGACUACCACAGGCAGCAUGGCGUUGAGAUCCGUAUUGCUAGGAUUUUCAACACCUACGGACCUAGGAUGAACAUCGAUGAUGGGCGUGUUGUUAGUAACUUCAUUGCUCAGGCCAUUCGUGGUGAUGAUCUGACUGUCCAGAAGCCAGGAACACAGACUAGGAGCUUCUGCUAUGUCGCUGAUAUGGUCAAUGGCCUUAUGAAGCUGAUGAACGGAGAAAACACCGGACCAAUUAACAUUGGUAACCCAGGUGAAUUUACCAUGCUGGAACUUGCUGAGAACGUGAAGGAGUUGAUCAACCCAGAGGUUGCAGUGAUCAUGACCGAGAACACUCCUGAUGACCCUCGCCAGAGGAAGCCCGACAUCAGCAAGGCCAAGGAGCUUCUCGACUGGGAGCCCAAGAUCGUCCUGCGCGACGGCUUGGUGCUCAUGGAGGACGAUUUCAGGGAGCGCCUGGCAGUGCCCAAGAAGACCAAGGCCUAAGCUGCCUCCCUUGCUUUUGGCGCACAGUAACACACCGGUUCACUGGAUCGGAGCAUACUCAUAGUUGGGGUGGGUUCACCAUUAUUCGUUUCCGUCGGAAUUUGAGUUCCAAUAAACCAAUUACACCUUCGUCAUCGUUCAACUUGAAAGAUUGUACUAUUAGACACUUCA